CGAUUGUCAGCUGUGUAAAGAAGCACUGUGUGGUACCGUUAGCCAGCUGCUAUAUAGUUAUAUAGUUAACAAAUUCAAUGGACAGUGUAUAGUGAAAAACGUGCUUAAUCCACCUAGCAGUGAGAUGAUACCUUUUUUUAUCAACCGCAUUUGUUUGUUGGAUGAAUAUUUUUCGGUGUUUUAGUUCUCAUGACAUUAAUUUAAUGACCGUCGUUUCAAGCGGCAAUUUAAAGUUCUAUUUACUCAUUACCCUAUAAUGUCGAAACUGCAAAUCGAAUCGGAUUUGAAUCUAAAAGUGUAAUAAUCGAUUGAACAUUCCAUGAUAUGUCGAAACUAUACGGUCGAUUUUGGCAAAGGAAAAGGGUAAAUUUCAGAAAGUUCUCACUCGUAAACUUGACUUGCAAAUAGUUCCAGAUAUCACGGAGAUAAAUCAUAUGAAUCGAAUAUUAACGAAACACUUUUUUGAAAACCGUAUUAUGAAUGAGAAAACAUAUCCUACGUGGCAAGAAAAACAAAACUUGGCGACUCGCAUUUUGGAGGAAUUCCCUCAUCUUCAGAAAACGCGUUUGAGCAUGGAAGCUCCAAAAGAGUCAUAUUUCUUCUGGCGGUUCGGAGGUAAAGGUUUUGGUCAUCACUCAGGUAUAAUAGAGACUCGAGUAGCAAACAUGCGCAAAGACGUAGCUCCCGAAGAUAGAUUGUUUAGAAGAUCAAAAACUCAAACAAAAAUUUUGCCAUCAAAAUCUGUAUAUGAACAAGCCGCUUGUAUGGCUACGCUCACCCCUGUUUCUCAAAACGGAAGAUAUAUUUCUGAAGGGAUGGCGAGUUGUGUCGAACUCCACAAAUAUCUUCUUCAAGCAAGGUCUUCAAAUAAAUGUAAAGCCAUCAUAGAAUGUUUCCCACAUUUGCUUGCUUUCGAUGGAAUCAUGGUACAACAAGCUUUUGAAAGGCUUCAACCGCAGUACGACAAACAAGCUGAUUUGAAAAAACUAUUAAGCUUUGGAUUGAUGCUCGAUUGUAAAUGGAGAGAUGUGGAAAACAAGUAUGUGAGAGGAACAUUGCGGAUACUGAAAAAAUUAACUAACCGUGGAAUUAAACGUACAGCAGAUGAUGAUAAAUUAUCAGUCGAAGAGAUUCUGGCUACACCUUUGAUUAAAUGGAUACAGGCAAGGGGCAAAUCACUCUAAACUUUGUUUGAACUCAAACAAGUUUUACCGGGAGUAAAAAAGUUUAGCAGGGAUCUCGCUGGAUUAGAAUGGGAUUAGAGAAGUUUAGCCGAGAUCUGGAAAAGCAUUAUUUUGACAUAAGAAGCUGUAAACGUGGGAGCAGAGAUGCCAGAUAUUUUUUAUAUAAUAUAUAUAAUAUUGCUUUGUAUAAAAAAUUUGUAUUUAUCUGUAUUCACUAAUGAAAGAAAAUUUCGGAAAUAAAAUUAUGUUUAAAGAUGUUAUUCCAUUAGAUUAUUGUUAUAGAAUGGCAGAUGCAAGGAGCAUUCCUUUAUAUCGUAAGUCCUUGCCGUACUGACAAAAACAUUCAACGACGAAAUUUAAUUGUUUUUGUUAUCAACCACAAUUGAAAUGUAAAUCCAUAUACUUUUUCGUUUGAAAAUGAUGACUUGGAAUUCAAACAUGGAAUUCAAACGCCCAAUACGCAACGUCAAGUCAGGUCAUACAACUUUCCAGUCUGACAAUAAAGUUUCAUGACGCCAUGACUUCAUUAUUUCUUUUUUACUUUUUGUGGUAUCUGUAUAAAUCUAUUAAAUUUGAGAAAUCUGUAUAAAAUCUGUACUCUGUAAUAAAUCUGUAUGCGCAUGUAAAAAUCUGUAUAAUACAGAUAAAUCUGUAUAAAUGGCAUCUCUGCGUGGGAGCUCGAAUGACAGAUACACUUCAAACAAGAUUAGGCAAAACUAGGUUGGAUUAGUUUUAAAUUACCCAAACUUAUCUAGACUAGUUGGGAUUAAAUGAGAUUAGAGAAGAUUAUCUUGGAAUUACAUGAGUAUAUUAGUAUGAGAUUGUCUAGAGUUUAGAGUGAUUUGCCCCUUGGAUACAGAUAGUUCCUGGCAAAACAGACUACGAGGUCGUCAAACAAUAUAGUGAAUCAGCAUGCACGCCGCACAUUGUAUGUGUGGCACCGGUAUUUAAGGAAGGACCUAUGUUUAUUGUAUUUGAUAAAAAUAUUUUGCCUUGCGGUCAUCGAUAUAUAGAGACUAUAGACACAUUUUUCAAAAGUUUUGAAGUUUUCGGAUUGACAAUACCUGUAUUAUUAAGAAAAUUAUUCGAUUUUGUUAGUUUCUUUUUUAAAACAACAAUAGUCUGUAGAUCUAAUACUGUUGCAGCUCUAAUUGCAAAAUAUAAUGAACAUGAAUUCCCAUAAGUGU